AUGGUGGUUGUCAUGUCUACUCUGAUUGCUACUGUUGGGUUGCUGGUGGUUGUCAUGUCUACCCUGGUUGCUAUUGCUGAAGGUAGGCUGCUAACUAUCCUUCCUUUUUGGGUGCUGGGUACCUUGGUUAUCUGGGGCGGGAGUAGAACGCUGAGGUGGGGCUGGGGUAGAUACCGAAGCAGGUGGAGGAUCACCAGAGGUGCUGCGUUCCACGCUUGGAAUUGA